AUUUACAACUGACGUAAGGUUUCUUGUUUUGUUUGUUCUUCGUCAUGAAAGUCAGAAUUGUUUAAGUUUAGUUUAUGAGAUAUGAGGUUUGAUUGUUGUCAAAGAGUGGAAUUUGAUUAAUCUUAUUUACUUUUAUAACAAACCAAUGUUUCAGAAGUGUAUAUAGUCCCACCAAAAAUAAAUUGUAUCUUUACUCGACCGCUCAUAUCGACGCUAACUAUCAGAUACCUACUUGUACAAUGGCGAAUAACGCCUUAAAGACAGAAAGAAAAUAUAAAAGACCACCAGCUGACAAAAUUAUAUUGAUAAAUAAAUAUGGUUGGAACAAAGAGCCUACUUCAAAGUGCAGUGAGAGGGCGUUGGCAGUGGCAAGUUGUUUGGUGAUUGUGUUAUGCUCUGCCGCAGCAUGUGUUGCUGUUUACCAUUCCUGGCACAGAGAAGACAAUGCGCUUCAGGACUUGCAAGUUAUAAAGGACAUUGUUGUUGAACACUUGCUAAGGUAUAAUGUAUCCCGAGUGGCACCAUCUAAAGUAAUAUCCUGUUACUACAACUUCCCCAGUGAGAGUGGCACCGGUCAGCUGAUGCCGGCUGAUAUUCAUCCCUACCUAUGUACUCAUAUCAACAUUGCUUUUGCUCGAGUGGUUAAUAAUGAGAUCUCAUUAGAAAAGUAUCAGUAUAAUACAUUACUUGAUAUUGUGAAACUCAAGCAUGACAAUCCUGGCCUUAAAAUUCUCUUGUCAGUGGGAGGUGCCAAAAAUGAUAAUGGCUUUCCAGAUAUGGUGUCAAACCAUCAAUCUAGAAAAACUUUUAUUAAGUCCAUUAAGUAUUUGCUGAGAAAUUAUAGCUUAGAUGGGAUCGACCUUGACUGGGAAUUUCCAGCAUUACAUAGUUCACAAGUGGGUGGUCGUGAAAGGCAACAUUUCUCACAACUACUUCGAGAGAUCCGUAUGGAAUAUAUUAGAGAAAAAAAGAACUAUGUUCUAACUGUAGCUGCUGCUGCUUCACAGACUAUAGUUGAUGUUUCCUAUGAUGUCGACCAGUUGAAUCAAUAUGUUGAUUUUGUAAAUAUCAUGACAUAUGAUUUUCAUUACUUUACCAAGUUUACUCCUUUCACUGGUUUCAACUCUCCACUGUAUCGGCGAAGCACUGAACAGCUGUACUUGGCUACACUGAACAUUAACUACACAGUUCAAAUGUACCGUGACAAAGGGCUUGAUCGCACUAAAAUUGUGGUUGGCAUUCCUACUUACGGCCAUACAUUCUCCUUAGUCAAUGCUAACAAUCAUCAAGUGAGUAGUCCAGCAUCUGGGUUUGGAUCUCUCGGCUCUUCAGGAUUUAUCAACUAUCCUGAUGUGUGUACAUUUGUGUCAAAUGCUAGCAAUGUCACCAUUGUGCAAGAUAAUGAAGCCAAAGUUCCAUAUUUAUAUAGGGAACAGGAAUGGGUGUCUUAUGAAGGCCCUCAAAGUGUUAUGGAGAAAGCUAAAUUUAUCAUAGAAAACGAUUUAGGGGGAGCAAUGAUAUAUUCCCUGAACGCCGACGACUUCGAGGGUGUCUGUCACGGUGAGAUGGCAAGCCCGAGCGCCAGCGGCUUCCCACUCUCUUUAACCGUCAGCAAUACAUUAAAAAAUUCUGUUAGUGCCUCUAUUGGAGAUGGACCAUAUUAGUCAUAAUGUGAAUGUUAUAGUUAGAUAAUUCAAAACAAGAUGAUUUAAACAUUCGUUCUAAUAAGCAUUUACUUUAGAAAGUUACCUGUUUUUUCCGUGUCACGUAAGUUAUUUUAUACAUGGUGCAGGUUUUCAUAAUUAGUGUGAAGGAGAGUAGGCGACACUAUCGACUAGCGAGCCGGCGGCGGCGCGCGGGCGCCCACGCGAGCGAGCGAGGCCGCUGGGCGCUCGGCGUCGGCGUCGGCGUCGGCUCGGACCGCUCGCACCGCUCGCGCCGCUCGGCCGGCGGCGCGCCAAGCACUGCUGCGCGCCCGCACAGAACCGCAUACAUUAUACUUCUAAUUAACUUUUACAGUUUAAAAAAAUGGACUGUUGCCUUACCUUACUGUUUGAUUAACAACAAGCUUUCCACUCCACUGACUGCGCUUACGACUCUCCGGUACGCUUGCGUGUCACGCAGGCCUGUACGACUCACUAUUCUAGUAAGAACUUACAUACCUACUUACCCACCGAAAUAUCCAAACAAAAUAUUAACUGUGCAAUAUGUAGGUAGACCUCACAGGAAUCGGGUGCCCAUGUAGAUACAUAAUUAUUUUAAAUCAAUUAUCUAAAUAAAAUAACAUAUCCUACGUAUAAGUACCUACCUAAUUAAUCUGUACUUCUGUACUAAUAUUAUAAAGAGGAAAACUUUGUUUGUUUGGCUGUAAUGGAUAAACUCAAAAACUACUGGACCGAUUUAAAAUAUUCUUUCACCAUUAGAAAGCUAUAUUAUCUGCGAGUAACAUAGGCUAUAUUUUAUCCUGGUGCGGGCAGUAGCUCCCACGGGACGCGGGUGAAACCGCGGGAAAACGGCUAGUUAUUAGUAUUGUUAUUGCUAAGGAUUUCUAUGUCAUAUUUAUGAAAAGGCUGUUUACCUACUGUGAUACAGACAAUAAGACUUCGAGAGACCCAAAUAUAGCAAUAACGUACAUUGUAUCUACUUAUUAUGUAAGUGCUAAAAUAAAAAUUGUGUCAUCAUUAUGAAUGUACAUAUUAUAUGAUAUUAAUAUAUGGUGUAAAAAUAAAGAUAAACAGCACUAAACUAA